ACAGUUUAACAGGUUCUGUUAGGUUUUCAGGGAGUAAGCUCAACUCUCUUUAUUGAUUAUUUAUUAUCAAUCUAUGACCAGGUUCUGUAUAACGGGUUCACGGGGAGGAAGCUGACGUCUCAGAUCUUCAUUGGUCCAACUUAUUAUCAACGUCUGAAACACAUGGUUGACGAUAAGAUCCACUCGAGGGCCCGUGGCCCCGUCCAGAUCCUCAACAGGCAGCCGAUGGAGGGACGAUCACGUGAUGGUGGUCUGCGGUUUGGGGAGAUGGAGCGUGACUGUCAAAUCGCUCACGGAGCGGCUCAGUUCCUUAAGGAACGUCUGUUUGAGGCAUCUGAUCCGUAUCAAGUUCACGUGUGUAAUCUGUGUGGACUGAUGGCCAUAGCCAACACGCGAACGCACACGUACGAGUGUCGAGGCUGCCGCAACAAGACACAGAUCUCGCUGGUUCGGAUGCCGUACGCCUGUAAGCUUCUUUUCCAGGAGUUGAUGUCAAUGAGCAUCGCUCCUCGUAUGAUGACGUCAUAGAUCGGCUCAGCCAAUGACGUCAUAGAGCGGCUCAGCCAAUCGCCCGCCUCCCUGCAUACUUUAAACGUGGCCGUCAGCUGCAGGAAUUUAAUUUAGAAGUUUCAUGUUUUUACACUUUCAUGUCGUCAUAUUUUGUUUUUGUAAAAGUAGAAUAAAUCUGAGUUUAUUAUGA